CAUCAAAAAAACUAAAACCAUUAUAAGGAAAGAAAAAUGAAAUCUACAACAACUCAAACCCUAAUCGUCACAGUUUUUCUCCUUACAAUUCCAACAUCAUUCGCAGCAGCACCAAAACUCGAAGACAGUUUCACACAAUGUCUCACCAAUUUCAAACCUUCCGACCCAAAGUUCCCAAUCCAAAACUUCACAUACACGUAACAAAACCCUAACUUCCUCACCAUUCUCAACAACUACGUCCGUAACCUCCGUUACUUCAAUGGUACUACACGUAAACCGGUGGCGAUCGUGGCCGCGGCUCACUUCACUCAUAUCCAAGCUACAAUAAACUGCGCCAAAAAACUUGGCCUCCAGCUUCGAAUCCGUAGUGGAGGACACGACUACGAUGGAAUGUCUUACUUAUCUACCGUCGAUUUUGUCGUCCUCAACAUGUUUAAUUUACGGUCAAUCGAGAUCGAUCCAAAAAUAGAUACCGCGUGGGUACAAUCCGGUGCAACCCUAGGAGAGAUCUACUACAACGUUGCCAACAAAAGCAACAACCUCCGAGGGUUCCCCGCAGGAAUCUGCCCCGGUCUCGGUGCUGGUGGGCAUUUUAGCGGUGGUGGUUACGGAAACAUGAUGAGGAAAUACGGUUUAUCUAUUGAUAACAUUAUAGACGCUAAAAUCUUUGAUGCUAACGAAAGAGUCUUGGACCGGAGCUCAAUGGGAGAAGAUCUUUUUUGGGCCAUACGAGGCGGUGGAGCCGCUAGAGGAGUAACCACUACCGAUCUUGCAGCCAAAUGGCAAGAGAUCGCCGACAAGAUCGAUAACGAUCUGUUCAUAAGAUUAACGUUGAGCUCAAGUAACAAAACGGUCAAGGCUUCUUUCAUGGGAAUGUACUUAGGAAACUCCGAGAAGCUUCUAGAGAUUAUGAACGCGAAAUUCCCGGAACUCGCACCAACAUCGAUCAUGCUAAACAGAAUCCCACAAAAGCAAAUCUUUCUCAAAAGAAAAUCCGAUUACGUGCAGAACCCGAUCUCAAAACCCGGUUUAGAAUCGAUAUUCAAGAUUCUUUCCGAGAACGAGAACGUGUUGAUGGCUUGGAACCCAUACGGUGGGAGAAUGAGCGAGAUUCCGGCGACAGAAACAGCGUUUCCUCACCGAGCAGGGAACAUGUUCAAGAUUCAGUACUCAUCUAACUCGUUCGUGCCAGGUGAAGAAGCGGCUAGCGAUUGCUUGAGCCAGACGGAAAGAGACAAAGAGUGUUCGAAGCAAUGAGCCCUUACGUGUCUAAGAAUCCAAGAGAAGCGUUUUUUGAACUACAGAGACGUUGACAUUGGGAAGAACUUGAACUCAACAUACGAGGAAGUUAAAGUGUAUGGAGUUAAGUAUUUUAAGAAUAACUUCGAGAGGUUGGUUCAGGUUAAGACUAGAGUUGAUCCCGACAACUUUUUCCGGUACGAGCAGAGCAUUCCAGUGCACUUUAACCAUUAGAGACAUUCUUAUUAUUUGUGUCUUGUAUUAAUAAUGUUAAAUACUACAA